GACAAACUGUACACUUCUGAGGUCCUAUCAAUCAGGCAUUAGCUCUCUGCGUCAUAUCCCUGCCUAUUCCGUUUGCUCCCCCCUAUUGCUUUGUGCGGCGCUGGCCUCCUCGGAUCAAAACCCUCUCCAGCCCCAUGUAGCCAACUCUGCUUUGAGCAGACUGCUUUCCUUGUGUCUUAUCCAAUGCCCGCCCCAUCGUUGCUCCACCUCGCGCGAAAGGCCUGCAUAAAGAUUAUAAAAAGAAUCGACGAUAUCGGUUUGGCCCGCUAUGAUCUUAUCAGACCAAUCCUCCAAAAAAUGGAGAACCCGGAGCAGCUGCGUGAGCUUGAACUCAAGUCGCCGCAUCUCCUCGAACAUGAUGCAGAGUUAUGGAUUGAGUUUAUCAAACGCGAUGUUCCCGGAUUCGAUGAACUCAUCCUUCCCGAGAACCCUGAUAAUUGGUACGACGUUUAUCAUGAGCUUCUAGAGAAAACCGCCAGGGAAGUAGAUAAAGAUGCAGAGCGCAUGAAGCUUGCGCUACUUGGCCUCGAUUCCAAAAAGGCCGAACAUGCCUCUAAAGUGGUGGAUACGCGGAAAAUGCGGCUUCCCAAGGAGAAACCAACCGCAAUUCAACGGCAUGCUUUUCUUGACAGGAAAAUGGGUGGUAUUUCUCCUGUCUUUGCCCAAGGAGCUGUGAAGCCAUCUGGAGGUCGUGGGACCACCCCGUAUGAUCAAUCCCCGCGGUGGAAAUUUGAGGGCCCCAAGGCGCCACGGCCAGCUCCAAAGAAGUCAGCACUGCCCUUCGCAAAAAGAAACCAGCGCCUAUGCAUCCCCACACAUCGUCUAAAUAGCAACGCUUCCCAGGUUGUGAACGCUCCCCGGUCGCUAAUUGAGGAUUACAAGCGACCUAUUGAGCAAAAUAUCCCGCGACCAAAGACGAGAGACCCACGCUCCCCUUCUACAAUUACAGCAGCAACACAAUCACCAACACCAACGAAAACAACAAUAAUUAGCAACCUCGGCCUCAGGCCCGGUUCCCUCGAUCAAGGAUCAAAGCAGUCAAAAAUCCUCUGUCCGUCCCCAUCCUCGCCUACCACCCCAUCUCGCACCUCAGGAGUACGCAAGCAGAGUUCGCUAGUUUCCAAAAAUGGGAAACGUGAGGAGACGUCUGUUUCUGCCACUUCGCCAAUAGCCGUUAGGAUGGCAGAUGGCAGUGAACCCGGCGAUGAUAGCCAUACCUCAACGGCCAAGACGUCCCAGACCAGCGCCGAGUCCAGGUUAUCUCGCCCCGCUGUGAGAAAACGACCGGUUUCGGAAUACGUGCUUGUCAAGCCUAAAAAGAGACGACUGUUAUAG